CCCUUGCAAGGUAGAAAGGCGAGCCGAAGAGGUCCUCCAAAGUGAGGUACCUGGGUAGUUGGAUGUCCAUUGGCUCGCUACGCCGCUUAGCCCCUUUCACACCGCCAUGCCUGAUGCAGUAAUCCAUCGUAGGAUCUGAUUCGCGUCCAAGGCAGGCGGAUUUAAGCGCUGCUGAAGCUCAAUUAAAACUUUCGGGGUCCUUGCAGAGCGAUCACUAUGCCUCGAAUACUGUCCUUCGACGAGCUACCCGCAUGGAUGCAAAAAGAUCCGCGCAUUCGAAGGGGCUACAGGGAGGAGCUUCGCAACGUCUGGCACUGUUUUGUGUCGCUUUUUUACGUUCACAACGAAUUUGUCAACAUUUGGUCGCACCUGCUGCCCGCGCUCGUAUAUGGCACGAUGCUUGCAAAGGAAGCUCGCUUUGCGCUGGCAGAAGCGGAUAACGACACUGGACCGACGGCGAAGAUGACACAGUUCUAUGUUGUCACGAGUUUCGCUCUCAUGUCGCUUUCGAGCUUAUACCACAUCUUUAGCGCCCAUUCUGAGCGGGUGGCGCGCCACGUUCUGAAAAUGGAUUACCUUGGGAUCAUACUAAAUGUAUCGGCGACAUGUAUAACAAGCUCCUGGUUUGGCUUCAGACAUCAUGCUCACGUCGCCAACAUGUAUAUAAGCCUCACCUUAGGACUGUCUAUCGCCAUAGUGUUCCUCUUGCUCAAACCAAAUGCUGACGGCCCCGAAGCUGCGAAGUGGAGGGCCUUGAUCAUUGCCGGAUUGAUGGGAACGGGCUACACGCCUCUGAUCCACGCAUAUGUGAUUGGUGGCAUCGAGAGGCUGCAGCAUUUCCCCUGGCAGGCAGCCGUAAAAAUGCUUUCCGUAGAUCUCGUCGGAGUGCUCUUCUACAUCACCAGGUUCCCUGAGAGUAGUUUUCCCGAGACGUUUGAUAUCUGGGGUGCGAGCCAUCAAAUUUUCCACAUCAUGGUUGUUGUGGGGCGGGUCGUGUAUCUUCGUGGCUUAAAGGAGUUGGUCGGUCUUGCGUAACGGACGCGCUGUCCCAGAAAUCCGGUGGAUCCUGGCUAUAUUCUUACCCCACAACAGCCUGGCUUUAAUAGCUCACAGAUCCUGCUGUAUAAGUCGACCGGCAAAACGGAGCAUUGAGAGCUAUGAUGGCAUACCCGUUGACCGAGGGGAGCCGCUCCUUGAUCG